AUGCAUUUGUCAAUGGAUACCCUUGGAAUAAUGGAGGAUAGUGGACAUGGAAUAGUAGAUAACUAUGAUAUAACUAAAGGUGCUGGGUCAAGCAGCGGAGGUAGGGUCCACAGUAUCGAUGUUAUACUUGGAUUCACCAAAGACCAGGAGCCUCUACUCCAUUCAGUAGGAGCUAAUCACAGCCCAAAGACCAAUGGAGCAAACCAGCAGGACCCUGACAAGCAGAUUCCAUAUGGACACCUUUCCGAGUUAGGCGACAGCUCCCAGCAUUCAUCCUACCAUGAAUCUAACCUUUUCUCUGGUGACAAGUGUGAUGGAGAAAUGGAUGACCUGCACAAGGACGUGGACAUUGCUGAGGGAUCUCCCAAGUCUAUUAAAGAUGAAGAGCACACUAAAAAGAAACAUAGAAGAAAUCGAACCACCUUCACCACUUAUCAACUUCAUGAGUUAGAGCGAGCCUUUGAGAAGUCUCACUAUCCAGAUGUCUACAGUCGAGAGGAGUUGGCAAUGAAGGUCAAUUUGCCUGAAGUUCGAGUUCAGGUGUGGUUCCAGAACCGGAGAGCAAAGUGGCGACGUCAAGAAAAAAUGGACACUAGCACUAUGAAGCUGCAUGAUUCCCCCAUGCUUUCUUUUAACCGUCCUCCUAUACCCCCCAGUGUGGCACCCAUGGCCAACCCAAUGCCACUAGAUCCUUGGUUGACCUCGCCCAUUUCCAGUGCCACACCCAUGCAUACCAUUCCAGGGUUCAUGGGUUCACCACAGGCCUUGCAGCCUACAUAUUCAAGCCACAGCUUCCUCAACACCCCACCUGGCAUGGUCCAAGGUAUGCAGCCCAUGGGCCCACCUCCAUACCAGUGUCCACCCAGCUUCAACGACAAAUAUCCAAUGGAGGAUGACAGGAGUUCUAGCAUUGUAGCACUCAGGAUGAAGGCCAAAGAGCACAUUCAGUCAAUGGAUAAAACCUGGCAACAUAUGUGA